AUGGUGUUGUACAACUUCAAUGCUGAUCAAUCUUGGCCUCUGAAACGAAGGAUUGCAAUAAUUCUUGCUCAAAAGCUCUCUGAUUCACAUCUUACUCCAAAACAUCCACACUCCACAUUAACAAAAAAUAUUAUAUCAUUUCAGAUAUUUUUUUUUACAUAUUAUCAAGUUCAUAAAUUAAACAAAAAAAAAUUCAAGAAAAAUAAGAAAAAAAAAAUUAUAGUUGUGGCUACUACAAGGAGAUUGGCAUCAGAUUCAGGAGCAUUUGCUGAUUGGGCAGCAACUUCAUCAUCAACAGUCCGUGCUGCUGCUCCGGAAGAUCUUUCUCUCGGUUUCAAUGCGGGUCCCACCGCCGCCGGAAACGCCGGACCUUCCACCGGACCCACCACCGGGAUAUGGCCUGGUGGUGGUGGUGGUGGUUCCAGGUCCGUUAAUUACGGACCUGAAAUGGGUAUGUUUGUUGUAGCACCUUCUCCUUAUCAUCCUCAUCACCACCAUCAUAGCCACCAUGGUAACCACCAUGAAGCUAUUAUUUCCGAUCCUCAUUCUCUUAACCCCGCUACCGCUCUCGGUGUUGGGGUUAUACCUUUACUAACUGCUUCUCCUCUUGAUAAUGAAAGACAACAACAAGGAAUUCAGUUUUGGCAUGAACAACAACAACAACAUCAACAUCAUUCAAACUAUUUGAAAAAACACCAAGGUUUUCUUGAUCAUCAUAUUAAUACUAGUCCAACAAAUUUAGUUCAUCACGGUGGUGGUGGUGGUGGAGGUGGAGGAGGGUUAACUGGUUCAGGAACAAGUAGUGGUGGUGGAACAACUACAUGUCAAGAUUGUGGAAACCAAGCUAAGAAAGAUUGUAGUAAUAGAAGAUGUAGAACUUGUUGUAAAAGUAGAGGUUUUGAUUGCCCUACACAUGUUAAGAGUACUUGGGUACCUGCUGCUAGAAGAAGGGAACGUCUUGCUUCGGCGGGGACGACGACGGUGGUUGCUGGUGGUGGUUGUUCUAGUGGUUCAACUUCUGGUGCUAAGAAACCUAGACUUAUUGCUUCACAAACUACUUCUCAUACUUCUACUUCUAAUACUACACCUCCUAGAAGCUUUGACACUACCUCUAGCCAUCAAGAUGCAGGUUUCAAAGAGUCAAUGCCAGGUCAAGUACGUGCACCAGCAAUAUUCAAGUGUGUUAGAGUAACAUCAGUGGAUGAUGGAAAAGAUGAAUACGCAUAUCAAGCAGUAGUGAAAAUUGGUGGUCAUGUUUUCAAAGGUUUUCUUUAUGAUCAUGGUGUUGAAAAUAGAGAAGUUUAUCCAAAUCUUUCUGAGCUUCAUUUAGGAGGAGGUGGUAAUAAUAAUAAUGGUGGUGCUAAUAGAAAUGUAGUUUCAUCAUCAUCACCAAUGUUAGAUCCUUCUCAUGAUGUUUAUGCAGCAGCUUCAAGUGGUGUUGGAGGAUUACUAGGAGGUUCAGCUUAUGGUAAUCAAAUAAAUUGAAUUGCAUUUACUAAUAUAUAUUUAGGUGAUGAAAAGGGAAUUAAAUUAAUUAAAGUAAUUAAUUUUAAUUUUCUUUUAUAUAACCUUUGUACCUUAUUGCAUAUGUCACUAUUUUUCUGAAUUUUUGAACUUGGUUUUUUUAGUUCUAUUCUUUGUUCUCUACCAAAUUUUUCUUUGUCAUGAAAUCAAUGAUCAUUCAAUGACAAAGGAGAGUAUCAUAUCAGUAUAUUUUAACUGUUAGACAAA